AUGUCGAACUGGUUCCCCUCAGGCACCAAAGGCGAGAAUGGAUGGAGAUUGGAUAUCGUCUCCCUGCUGGCGGUCGUAGGAGAGAGUUCCAUCGAGGAACACUCCCAAGCCCUCACAGCAUCAUGGACCUGCAUACUCCCACGAAUCAUCCCCGCGCCUCAAGUCCUCCUCAAACCCUCCCGACCGACUCGAAUGCCCUUCCUCAACGCCGCUGUCGUAGGAGUUCACAAUGGCACUCUCGUUCCAACGCUCAACUACUUCCCGAAUAUCAUGCACCCCAUCGAAGACCUUCCCCCCUUCGUCUUCAAAGUUCUGCAGAUCACACACAGAGGAGAGCGAGCGCCCACAAUUCCGCUACAUCCUGGGCAGGAGAAGGCAAAUAACAAAUCGAAGAAUGACCUGAAUACUACGCCGUUGAGGAUAGAAAUAGGCAUGAUCGAGAACGGACCUACAACUCCUCUCGAACACCCAACACUUCGCAGGACGCUCACUCGAAUAGUCACGCAGCAAGACAAAGAGAAGCCACGAGUGCCGCCCCAGAGAUUCUCACCGCUGAAUAUACUCUCCGUCGGUUCGUUCUUGGUCACAGUCGGUUUAAUCAUCGGCGCGAUAUUCCUAAAAGAUGGAACUGCGAUUCUAGCAGUCUGUGUAAUCUCUAUGGCGUCGUCGAUUGUUGGAUAUGCUUCAUGGUGGCAGCCAGUUCUCAUGAAGCGUUCUUUCAAGUCGAAAGUACCAGCAGGGGAUGUCGUGAUCCGUACUCGUGAAGGAGCUUUCCUCCUUGUUCGAUGUAACGAAGACGUAGCUCGAGAGCUGUAUACUGGGACAGAAGAAUGCCAAUAUUACGUUGGCACUCAGAUGUAUCGGAUCCUUGUUGGAACUGGAACGUUCCUGCUCAUGGCUUCCGUAGUGUUGAUGGGCAAUUGCGAGUUUGCUAUGCAAGCAGCCAUUGGUCUCUCCUACAUCAUCCUCAACGGCCUCUUUUGGGCCGCCUCCCUCGUUCCAAAAGACCUUUUCUGGGAUCUCUCCAACUAUGAAUGCCGAGACAUCACCCCCCCAGAUGCGCAGGAUGCCAAUCUUCCUCAAGACGACACACUUGAGGGUCGACCGUCGUUCACUCGCACCGUGUGGUAUGCUAUUCGCGAGACGAAGAAAAUUGGCUGGAUCACGAGAGGAGGAGUGGCGCCGAAGACAGAUCAGUGGGAUAAUUGGCUAAAGGCAGCGGAGGAGAAUGCCAUUGCUGGGAAUAGGGGUUGGAAUGCUGUGGAGAUGAGAGAGGCGAUGGUUGGGCAGGCGGAGACAACGCCACACCCUAGCAAGCCGGUGAACUUUGGAGAGGAUUUGGCGGAGCAGCAUGUUCCUGCUGUUGACGUACCUCUCACGGAGAAGAGGUAG